ACACUGCCUUACCUUUGACUCAAUUCAAUGGAUCCAACAAGUUUUAAUCAUCGAACGGCUCAAAUUUCUACUGGUCGACUUUAUCAUUUUAUCGACCAAAUCCCCAGGAAUCAUGAUACAACUCGACCACCAAUAAUUUGUUUGCAUGGUUUUCCUGAUUCAUGGUUCGGAUGGCGCCACCAGAUUGGACCAUGGUGUCGACAAGGUUUCCGUGUGAUUGUUCCAGACAUGCUGGGUUACGGCGAGACCGACACGCCUCAUGAUUCUUCAGCGUAUUCCACGAAAAAUAUUUGUAAUGAUAUUUCCGCACUUCUCGACUUCCUUGCGAUACCCAAAGCUGUGGUGAUUGGCCAUGAUUGGGGUUCAUAUACCGCUGGGAGAUUUGCUUUGUGGCAUCCGGAUCGAUUGAUAGCACUGGUCUUGUUAUCUGUUCCAUACGUCCCUCCAAUGACACAGCAUAUGCCUGUCGAGGAAAUGGCUAGAAAAUAUCCAUCAUAUGGAUAUCAGAUAUACUUUGCGUCCGAAUCAUCAACAUCUGAGAUCGAAGCAAACCUCGUUCCCUUUCUCGGUCUGGUGUUCAGAACGUCUGACAAGGCUUUACCAUGGACAAAGCUAGAAGAGCUCCCAGCUCUUAUCACCAAUAAGCAAAUCGACUUUACCGACGGGUGCCUCCUUGACGAACGUGAAUUGCAAUAUUACGUUUCUCAGUUUCAACGCGGCAUGCGGGGGCCUUUGUCUUAUUACCGAACCACGAAAACGCGAUUCGAAGAAGAGAAAGAGGCUCAGCUACCUGCACAUCUACCGCCGAACCUUCCUGUUCUCUUCAUGUACGGAACCAAAGAUGCCUCGUGUCCCCCGUCAGCGGUCCGGAACGCCCACAAAUUCAUUUCACGACUGAAUACUGUCGCCCUCGAGGAUGUUGGUCAUUGGGUGAUGUUGGAGGCGCAAGAUCGCGUUACAUCAGAAGUCUUGCGAUACCUUUCGUCUCUAGGUUUAUACCAGAAAUCUCAGCUGUAGA